AUGUCAUUCAAGGCAACUAUCACUGGACCAGAAAGGCAGGCACUAUGGGCUCGUACUGUUAAUGUCUUAAGUAGUCUGAACAAGAAUAUUAUGUUUACAGUGUCAUCAACCGAGCUGAUUACAUGGACUACUGACAACGCAGAGACAGCACUAUGCAAGAUACGAUUUUCCCGACAGUUUUUUGAUGAGUUUAUUUUCAACCCACAUGAAAUAAUAUUUGGAGAGGAGGGCGUUCAGAUCGUCACUGACACUGAAGGAGUAGAUCACGGUCUGUAUUCAUUCCAGGUGAGCGGUAGUUAUUUAGGCACAAUAACAAAGAAAACCGAAGGAGAUACCAUACAGAAAUUCACCAUAGCUAUUAACAAUACAACAACAUGUUCGGAUUUUUUGGCUAAUAGACUUUUGAUCUAUAUGGAAAUGGAAUCUCUAAUCUGCAAGCAGCAUUCGCUACAACUCGUUCCUGUAAAGUACGAUCCAAUUAUAAUAGAUAUCAAGUACAAGAAGAAAUUUUUGGAAGUUUAUGGAUCGUCACAAGAUGGAGAGAUGAUAGAUCCUAGACUGGACCAGAUUCUCAGAGUCACUGAAGCAGAUGUAAGAACAGCAUUGUUUCAUGAAGAAACUGAAAAGUUGAACCAAAAAAAAGACCACCUAACGCUUGCAGAUGAGAUCAAUUACAUAUGCUGUAGUCAAGUUCUCCUCAAAAACUUCAUUGAUCAUUGCAACCCUAACCUUACCAGAGAGCUGAAACUAGAAAUCAAUACAAGCAGGUUAAGUUUGACCGCAUUUUCACAUGCUGUACAUGGUAAAAAUAACAAACCACUGAAAAACGCAUUAAGUUUCACCGAUACGAUAAGCACAUUAGAUCUGGAGCAAUCUUGCUUAUUUACUACCAUUGAUGAGGAUACAAUGGAUGAUGACCAAAAUGUGAUAGGCCAUAACGCUCAGAAAAGGGAGCAUACAAAAAACAUAAUAUUCAGCCUGGCUGACUUCAAAAAGUUUAUGAAUAUAAUAUCAAGUUGGAAAAAUAGCAACGAAAGUAACGUGGAUAUUUGGUUUCGGCACAGGGGAGAACCUAUCAUGUUCGAGGUACGGAAGCCUGAUGUAAUACUGGAGCUUGUUCAGGUUACGGUCGCCGACGGAGUAGCAGUGGUAGAAAAUAUACCACCUAGUAGUUCAGUAAAAUGCCAAACCAUGAUGAAGGGUACGUCUCCUGAAAAGGCUCGAGCUCGAGAACAAGUUACUAAAGAAGAAAUGGGACUACUCCGCAUAAGUCCUGUCAAGACCAUAGCACCAAACAAAAAUAAAAGUAAAAGUCCGUUGAAAUAUGGGAAACCUAUAAGUCCGCGAAGGAAAAUCAAGAGAGAACUUUUUGUAAAUGAUUCUUCUCAAGAUAUCCCUUCUAGCGACGCCAAGAAACAGAAACCUUGGACAAGCCUGUCAACUGAUUGGAAGGACGACGCUUCUCUGGAUAAAAGCACCGAUGUAGUGCGGCAUGAGGGAGAUGACAUCAACAAUAACUUCAAUUCUACUAUCGCCGAAAAGAGUGCAACAACCGUAGAGUGGGGUGUCACACCACAAGAUCACCAGAAUAAUGAGUCCAAAAUUGAUAAAAGAAGCCUACUUCGAAAGGAGAAGUUCAAAUAUUUUCAAGAUCUAAAAACCGAACGAGAUGCCUUGAAGAAGAAAGAUCCCUCUCAACCAGAGGGUUUCGGGCCCACUCAGGUAUCUAAACCGAAAGGCUUAUUUGACUGA